UCGACAGCAACACGAUCUAAAUAUUGCAGGCGCUACUUGCACAGGUACAUAUUUGUCACGUCAAAUAGAAAAUCAAACAAAACAGCAAAAGAGCGCAAAACUUUGUCGGCAGCCACUUUGCAUGCAACGCACUAACCGAAAACAACAACAACUACACACAACAAACAACAUUGCAGUUCAUUAACGAAUUUCAUGUGUUAUUCUAUAAAUUCUUGUCGCUGUCAUGUUGUCAACGUGUCACACUCUAACGUGUUCAUAAGUGUGUAUGUGUCUACGAUCACUAAUCCUUGAUAUUGGCGGCAAAAACAAGCAAAAACAAGAAAAAUAACAACAAAUAUGCGCGAAAUAACGCACGUGUUGCAUACAAAAUAAAAUAAAACUUCAAAUGAACGCAAAUAAUUAUGCGAGUGCUGAGAAACAUAAAUCAAUCAAAUCAAAAACAAACGCACAAAAUAAUAACAACAACAACAGCAAAGCCUUACAUAUGAAUCUUAAUGACGUGCAAUAAUUUAGGCGCCACUUGCGCUGAUUAGCAGUGAUAUUUGGUGUAUAAUCGCAUUUAAAGCGUCGUAAUUGAACACGCACACCCACACAUGCAUACACAAAAUAGUGCUUAGUUAACGUGCUCGUGUCUGUAUGUAAUUAAAUGUGAAUGUAGCAAACGUGUUAACAAAUAAAUUUCAGUUUUUUUUUUUCAUUAAUAAAAUUUUGCACAAAAAUGCCGAAGGAACGCAACUUCAAACCUUCCGAGGCUAGUGAACGUCGAGAAUUACUAAAUUUCCCGCCUAAAGCGCAGAUAGUGCAACGUAAAACUAGCGAUGGCAAGCUAUAUGUGCCUCUACCGCUCUCCGAUGUGUUCACCGAGAAGAAUGCGGCCACGACGGACUGUAUUUUGGAGGAACCGCUGGCGUUGCAAGAGUUGCUAGCACAUGAUGAAGCCACACAAUUUGGUAGUCAACAUAACCGCAAACAACCGUCCCCCACGCAAACACACACAGCUAAUGACUGCAAAUUAAUACCAGCAACAACAACAACUGUGACGUCACAACCACGAACGCAACAAUAUCAACAACAACCGCUACACAAAACACACAAACAAAUGACGGCGAAACGUAAAAAUUCCAAUUCCAAUGAGAUCAACAACACUGCAACGAGCGAAGCGCCAUCUGCCAAUACAACGACGAAUACGAUGACAGCAACAGUGACGUCAGCGGCGAACGCUAGAGCAAACAGCGGCACGAUCGCCGCCAAUAAUGGUCCCUCACCGUUAGCGACAGCGCCAACCGCGCGACGGGAACCACACCUCAGCACGAGCAGCAAUGGUGAGGAUGAGACCGAUGUAAUUGGCGAUUUGGUGGGACAUUUCGGCAAGUGGCAAUGCCUGAUGACAAUGCUGUUGUCGCUGUUUCAGGUGCCGAAUACAUUUCACAUAUCGUCGUCGGUUUAUCAGGCGAUCAACAAAAACUUCUGGUGCAGCCGACCACCGCACUUAAAACACUUGCCGGUGGAUGUGUGGCGCAAUCUUAGCGAUUCCCAGGACAAUUGCUUUCAGGCGAAGAUUGACUGGAGUCAAAUGGGCAACAACAGCUUGCAGCUGCAGCCAGCAUUGCAACAACUGAUACGCCAACAACAGCAAGCACAAGGCAUUUUACCACACGACGUCUCGGCGGUGUCGGCAUUUCACAGUUAUCUACUCUCACCGCUGGCAGUUGUGCAGAAUGAGACACGCAUACCCUGCACCGCUUGGGAAUAUGACGCCAAUGACAAUUUGGGCAACACAUGGACUUCACAGUGGGAUUUGGUGUGCGACAAGGAGUAUAUUAAGAAUGUGGCGGAGAUGUUCUUUCUGUUGGGUGUGGCAACAGGUGGCAUACUGUCGGGCUAUUUGUCGGAUAAAUUCGGCCGCAAAAAGAUGCUCUUCGUAUCUGCUGUGCUGCAGACGAUAUUCGGUUUGGUGCUGUACUUCCCAAAAUCUUUGGAAAUGUUUCUGCUGCUUCGCGCCCUGCUAGGUUUAGUGUCCGUGUCUGUCACAUAUGCGGGCCUCAUUUUGGCCAUUGAGUAUGUGGAUGGCAAGUGGCGUACCAUAGCCGGCAUGUACAAUUUAUUUCCACUGCCCAUAUCGUACAUGUUGAUCGCCGGCAUCGCCUAUCUGACGCAGGACUAUCAGCGGCUACAGCUCUGCAUCGGCCUACCGGGAAUAUUUCUUUGCUUUCUAUGGUUCGUCGUGCCCGAAUCUCCACGCUGGCUUUUGGUCAAAGGUCGUAUUGCCGAUGUGAAGAGUAUAGUCGAGCGUGCCGCUAAAUUCAAUGGCCGGCAACUACCACCAGACUACGAGUCCAUGUUGAAACCACCACCGCAGGAAGACUCAUCACAAAAUUGCAUCAGCCUCUUCAAUUCGGGCUAUCUGCGCUGUGUGACAAUUUGCUUUCUCUGCAUUUGGUUUACAAUGAAUCUGGUUUACUAUGGACUCAUACUGAAUAUGAGUUCGUUUGGCGGAAAUGUUUACUUGAAUUCGGCUUUAGCUGGCCUAGUCGAAAUCCCCGCCAUCGCCAUCGCCAUGUACAUCAUCACAAAGGUUGGCAAAAAGUGGCUCUUCUGCGCCACAUUCUUCUGCACGAGCAUCGCCUGCUGUUGCGCGGCCAUUACCGAGGGCAAUGAUGACCAGCUCUGGCUGAAGAUUACAUUCCUCAUGAUUGGCAAGUUCACCAUCAGCGCCGGCAACACCAUUAUGCCGGUCUACACCGCUGAGCUCUAUCCGACCGCCAUUCGUAAUGUGGGCGUGGGCGCUUGCAAUGUCGCCGCCGGUGCCGCACUGAUACUUACGCCAUAUUUGUCGUUGUUGAAUAAAAUUGAGAUUCAUUUCAUGAUGACUUUGCUGACAGCUUUUGCAUUCUUUGGCGGAUUUGUGGUGCUGUUCCUGCCUGAAACUACCGCUGCUCAAACGAAAACGGAACCGCGUGAGGAGAAAUGUUAGAAUUGUUAAAAUUUAGCUAAGAUAUAUUGCAGCAAAUGAUGCCACAAAGGCCGCAAGCCAAAAAGAGAGGAAAAAUAAUAAUUCUUGUCAAAAUACGACGAAUUUAGUAAGCAAAAGAAAUUUGGUAAACUCGCCGCUGACAAUUUUCAAAUGCCAAUUGGCUGUAAAGGCGACGCAAAACCGAAGAAAUCAUAAUGAAAAACACAAAGAAACCGUAAAACUAUUUAAACGCGAAUGUAAAGCAUUAACCGUAUUUUGGCUGGACCAAAAUAUGUGAAAACCAACACACUAACUAACUGUAAUAGCAGGUAAUAGCAACAAACAGUUGAUUGAAGACUUCCAUUUCAAGCAAAAGCUAAGUACAGCACGUAUUUGCUUAAAUUUACAUACUUAUGUAUGUAUAUGGUAUAAAAAAACGAUAAAUAAUGGCGAGCAUAUCAUGUAACGGUAAUAAAAUUGUUGAAAAGUUGUAACUUAAAAAAUCGUAAAAAGCUUACAACAAUUCGAUACAAAAGCUUAAGUAAACUGAAAGUUCCAAAUGUUAAAACCGUUAAAUAUUUAAAAUUGCUGUUAUGUAUGUAAGUUAUCAAACAAGCACUUUUAUUAUAAAAGGAAAAGAAAUAAAUAAAAACUAUUGAAAUAAAUAGACUAAUGCACCCAAGUUCCAUAAAAAACUACUAAAUACAGGCAGGACCUUUUGUUGCAAAUUCAUAAAGUUUAAGAAAAUUGUUUUUAUU